UUGUUGGGAUUCAUCUUUCAGUGAUUCUGGUGCAUAGCUCUGUCUCCUUUUUUUCUUACAUUACAACCAAUGAAGAAAAACAGAAUGCAUCAAUUAUUUGCAUCCAGAUGUUCCUCACGCAAGAACUUUUGUGAAUGUCCUCAAGAGGGCAGCAAACAUCAACACAAGCUUGCAUUGUGGACUGCAGCCAUGUAAAGGCGUCUUGUGACCACACCAAUGUGACCAGAUGGUACGGCACUUCCCCCCCCCACACACACACACUUCUCAGCAGCACAACGAUCAAUCCUCUUAGACUUCUCCUAAUGACUGCCAAAGCCGCUGAUCAAACAGAAAUCAUGACAGAGCUACUGGAUCAGUCUGAGAACAAUCUGCUCGAAUGCAAAGUGUGCUUUGAAAAUUUCAACCCCGAGAAAAGACAUCGUCCGAAGAACUUACCCUGCGGGCAUGUGAUGUGCCUGGAAUGUGUCACGUCUCUGGCCCACCCUCGGAACUUCAGGCUGGAGUGCCCUUUCUGUCGCAGGGCUUGCAAAUCUUCAGAGACCAGUGACUGCUUGCCGUUGUUGCACCUGAUGGAAAUCUUGAGUCCUUCAGCCAAUCGAGCUCUGGUCGCUGGAAGGACAGUAGGGAGAAGGGAGGGUGUGGCUGUCCCUGGAUCUCAGGUCUUCACCUUUCACCUUUCUUUUGGAGGCUGGGGGACGCUGAUUAACCCCACGGGGCUGGCUGCCUGUCCGAGAUCCAGCUGUUUAGCAGUGGCCCAUGAUGGCAAGAAACGAAUCAAGCUGUUUAGCUUCAGUGGCAGCUGCAUACAGCAGUUUGGAGAAAGAGGGCAAUCAGGAAAUGACCUUAGGUACCCAAUGGACGUUGCGGUCACCCUGGAUGGCCAUAUUGUGGUCACAGAUAGCGGGGAUCGUUCAGUCAAAGUGUUCGAUGGUGACGGCAGAGGCAAGAUGGUUGUCGCCGAGACCUUUUCCUUGCCGUGGGGCCUCGACACCCUGCCGCAAGACGACAUCCUCGUGACCGAUUCGGAGGCAGGUGCUCUGUACCGUUUGUCGGCUGACUUUAAAAAGGGAGAAUUAAAGGGAGUGGAAAAGUUGUACUCUAACCUGUGUUGCCCAAGGAAAGUGGCUGCUUCGGCCAUCUCUGGAGCCAUCGCUGUCAUCGAACAUUUGAUGGCCAGAGGCCCCUGCUACGGCAGCACCAGGCUGAAAGUCUUCAACAGAGAUUUGCAGCUGAUCAGUCAGGUGGACAGUUUUGGCCUGAAUCUUGUCUUCCCUUCCAAAGUCCAUGCCAGUGCUGUGACCUUUAGCAGGGAAGGGCAAGUAAUAGUAACUGAUGCUUAUAACCAAGCCGUUUUCUCUCUUGGAAAACCUGAAGAAUUCCCUGUGUGUGCACCAUUGAUAACUCAGGGCCUUUCCUAUCCUUUGGCGUUAACGUUCACAUCAGAUAAUUCUCUAGUCGUUUUGGAUGGGGGCGAUCAUUCUUUAAAAAUAUAUACUCUCAGCUAAACAGUGGUCUCUGGGUGAGACUUAACUAGCUCACCGUUUCAAAGAAGAAUAUACAAAAUGUUUAAUUCUCCAGCGGGUGGAUUUGAGUCUUCUCUGGCUUAGCUGUAGUGGAUUUUGGUUCAAACAAGUUGAGACAAAACUUAGCUCUGCCGCUUUGUAUCUCCCUCCCCGAAUGGAAGGCAUGUUAACUUAUUUCUGAGUGGAACUGCACUGCAAAAUGAUCAUCCCUACUAGAAUUAACGUAGUAAAAUAUACAGAGCCAUGUGUGACCUACUUUGAAACUGUAUAUAUUCGGUUCUGGAUGGGAUGAGUUUCUCUUGGGUUGUUGAUGGUACAAAGCCAGUCUAUCUGAUCCUUUCAUCAGAAGGUUAAGGUUUCUUAAAACAAAAUAAAAGAUUCUUUUCUUUUCUGCAUUAGAAAACAAUUCUGAUUUCUGUUCGUUUUCCUAACCUGAUGCCCUCUAGUUGUGUUGACCUUGCCAAUCAUUUUAUU